AUGGCACCACCUCCAGCCCCAAUGCGCAACCUCCUCCACACCAAGGCCAGAAGGUUCGUGUGGGCCGCUUUGGGCGCCUCCAUUGCCUCUACAGUCCUUUUCAAUUUGACCUAUGUCAACAACCGUCGUCUCAACUACGAGGCCUUCUUUGCGUAAGUUCAUUUUUGGAUUAUUGGUUAUUGAUGUUUAGGAUAGUAGACAGCCUGAGAGCGUAAUUAGAAGGUUAAUUUGUUCAUGAGAGAUUCCAUACUUCUCUUGACUACAUUGUACUUGAUGACAGAAUUUAAUUUUUACUCAAAAAAGGUUGCUAAAACAAAAAAGAAUGUUACAAUCCUGUGAAGUAUGGCUUAGUAUGCUUUUGUUCAGAAAAUAGAGUUUUUUCUUUCAUGUUUAGACUUCUCUUGACUAGGCAAUACUAAAUUUUCCAUAUUGAGAUGCUAAAAAUAAUAUUUUAGGUAGAUUUUGCCCUAAUACGUUCCAAUUCACUUUUAAUUCAUUGUUCGUAUUUUCAGUAGCUACGAUCCCUACAAGAGAGCGCAAGAGAUCUGCUCGUACGAGCGCAAAUACCUUCACACUUGCCCCACCGAGUUGGCCAAGCUCGCCGAGGAGAAGGGAGUCGAGAUUGCCCCUCUGUAA